GCAUAGAAGAGCUAGUGAAGUUCACGCUUAAUUCUCACAUUAACGAAACCCUAGAAUUCGAUUUGGGCCUUUCUAAGGACUUCUGCUCCAAUCUCCUUAGAGACGACCCAAACGACUCUGUUUCACUGCCUGACAUUGGUAUUGCAGACAAAUGCAUGGCCUAUGGGCUGCUUAAGUGGAUGGUGCAAAGGCGAGGUGCAGUUUGCCAGGAUCACUGGGGGGAGAGAUAGAAAGAGACUCUACAAAGCAUAUGCAUUUCUGAAGGAGUGUUCUGCCAUAUUGCAAGUAAAAUGUUGUUUUGAAGGAGUUCCCCAAUAUCCCUUAUUCACGCGCCUAGCUUCAGCUUUAUACCAAUGUAUAAUUUCUGGGUCAUUUUGUAAGACAUAUGGUGAGAUAGAAUUCAUCAAUGAAGAUAUUUCCUUGAAGCAGAAAGAAGAUGAAUGGAAUAAGUUAAUUAUGGAAAAGGGAUCUGAUCUAAAAAAUAUGUUCAAGUCUACAUUUUUUGAACUUCAUGUUCAGGAGCCCUUCUUCUCACUCCUAAAAGAUGGCCGGAAAACAAUUGAAGGAAGAUGUGCUGGUUCUAAUUACAGUAGAAUUGAGCCAGGAGCUUUGGUUCUUUUAAACAGAACUGCAGUGCUUGAGGUUAAGGAUGUUCGCCGAUAUGCUUCAUUUUCAGAGAUGUUGGAGACAGAGGAUCUUUCACAAGUCCUUCCUGGGGUUAAAACUGUUCAAGAAGGUGUAAAAAUCUAUAGGAAGUUUUAUACAGAAGAAAAGGAAAUGUCCAAUGGUGUCCUUGCAAUCUGUGUAUCAAAAUCUUCUCCUCAGCCAUACCUACAUCUGGCUAGCAUACUGUUAGGAUUGAGUUAUGGUGGUAUCCAAAGUCUUCUGGGCCUUGCACAUACUGUUGGAGCAGUUUCUGAUGCCCUUCCUCCACCAAGAUCAACUCUUCUCUCAUCCUUCACUCUACCAUAUAGACCAAAUGUCAAUGGUAGUGCCUUGACACAUGGAGCAAGGGCUUUGGCAAAGCACACUGAAAGGAGUAGCAAUAAAUAUUGGGGUAUUAUUAGUGGAAGUGAUUCUACUAAAAAUAGCCUUGCAAUGAAUGUCAUCAAUUUCUUAAUUGCUUCUUGUUGCUGGUCGAAUGUGCAUAUUGUUCCUCCACAUGGGGCUGUCUUUGAGGUAAGGGUGGCUGAUGGUUAUGGAGCGCGGUGGUCUAAGGAUGGAGCUAAGUUCAUUGGAUUUCUUGAGCCAUAUAUGGAAGAUGGUUACUCAAAGGGAUGGAAGCAUUAAAUAUCUUGGUUACACAUUCACACUGGCUUCCUUGAUCUAUGCGGAUACUGGAAAUAUUCCCAAGAGUUGUUUCAGUGUCAACGUCAAUGUUCAUCAUGGAUUGGGUUCCUAUUUGAGCAAGUGUCCAUCAUGUAUAUAUAUCAUAUGCAAAUGAACAAGGGUAUGUUGACUUUCAAUUAAUUAAAUGAAACCAACUAGAGGUAAUUAUAUGUGCUUA